AUGGCAAACCCCAACUCCCCCCCCCGGAACCGUAGCAGGCGACGCCGCCGCACAGAUACCUCGUAUCAGACGUUAAAUACCGGGACCUCUAGACGCAGCCGGACUCUUAGGGACCGCUCGUAUCAGCACGACGCCGAGCAUCGACGUUAUGGUCAAUCUGUUCAGCUCGCCGGACGACUUCACCAUCCAGUUUCUGGGCAAGCCUUGAGAGCUCAAGAAAGGGGACCACAAGAGUCACCUGCUCCCAUUCAACCAUUACUAGGCAGCUUCAUCGAUAAUGACUUGCGUAGAGCUGACGAAGAUGGGAAUGAGAUCAUUUCUACUCAUGCAGAAUAUUUCCGUCUUCGCCGCUACGCUGAAAAAAGAGAUCACAUUAAUCAACAAUGGAGCCUUGUCGAAACCCAAGCCCUGGCCACCUAUCUUUUGUGCCAGCAAAAAACAAAGAACUGGACUAUUCCUGCUGUCGGAUUCGAAUCACCUAUCGAUAUCUGUACAUGCGAAUUGACAAACAUCCAUCAACGACCGGUUGACUUGGUGGACAUACUCGUCGAAGCAGCAGCCCAUUGUUCAACCGUGGAUCAGAUCGCAAGCGACGAGACCUUCGAGUUCCAUUCACCCACUGUACCGAUCUCUAUCGUCGCAUCUUAG